UCAUAGUUAGAUCACUUGUUUAAACUUUAGAGGUCCCAGUUUUACAGCCACACAUAUCCGAGCACAUGAACGAAGAAACUUCCUAAACAGAUUAAAAAAUAAAAAAAAACCCAACCUUUGGCCUUUCUUCUUUCUUCGUUCUUCCAACAAAGAAUCAAGUGAGAUCUGCAUCUCUUCCAACACAAAAAUCUUUGUUUCUUUCGACAUAUUUCUCUUCGUCAAACCGAUGGCUUUCAACCCGGUGACCCAAAUCUUGAUUCUUCUCUCGUUGAUGCCUACUACUUACGAUGUGUUCUUGAGUUUCCGAGGCGAAGACACUCGCAGGAACUUCACCGACCACCUGUACAAAGCGUUAUCUAGAGAAGGGAUUCCCACUUUCAGAGACGACGAUGGAAUACGGAGAGGAGAGAACAUUGAGUUAGAAAUCAAUAAAGCAAUUAACGAAACAAAACUAUCCAUUAUUGUGUUUUCUAAAGAGUACGCUUCUUCGAGAUGGUGUCUUGACGAGCUAGCGAUGAUCAUGGAUCGUAAAAGAACUGUUGGGCACAUAGUGCUUCCAGUUUUCUACCAUGUUGAUCCAUCUGAGGUGGGGACCCAAACUGGGAGAUAUGGUGAAGAGUUUGCUAAGCAUGAGAUACAUUUCAAGGACCGGGUGGAGGGCUGGAGGAAGGCUCUUAAAGAAGUUGCAUACAUGGAAGGAAUGGUCUUAGAAGACGGGUAUGAGUCAAAGUUCAUAGAGUCGAUUGUUAAAGAGAUCGCAGAUAAACUCAACUUCUCACUGCCUCAAGCCCCUCCGUCCUCGUUACCACUGUCGGCGGCCCUCCGCCCACCUUCAUAUUUUCUUGGUCUUUUACGAGAGUGGAGGAGGUCUGUCUUUCAGACCCCCUCUCUCUUUUUAUUUUUUUUGUCUUUCUGAGAUUGAGGGUCCAUCCCUCAAUCUCAGAAAGACAAAAAAAAUAAAAAGAGAGAGGGGGGCGGUGGGGGUAAAGCAGAAGUGUGUGAAUCAAUAGGAACUAAGCACGUGGAUAUCUGUCGGGUGAUGAGAACAAAAGGCUGAAACGAAUGGUCCCACAGCCCACCAACUUUGUCAAAGCAUGGAUUGAUGAAUUAAUUAAAGGAGUGGACUUCAAUGAAUGCUUCUCUUUCUUUCUUUCUUUUUUGACAAUUUGUAUCUUUGGAUCCAUCCUUAUGACUGUAUAUACUUUUUCAAGAAUUUUGAGCUCAAAUGAGAUGAUGAGAUGCAUAAUCAAAGUCUAAGUGAUCUUUUGACA